UCCGCUUCCACCCUCCCCCUUUCCCACCGACUCGUGCCCUCUCAACCGUACUACAUCUCCCAACCACCUACCCCUCACAUCGUACAUACAGUUGUUGGAGUCUCGGCUUAGGGGGUAUUCGAGACAAACGGUCCAGCACAGUUGGUGAUUCUGGUCUGUGCGCUACUGGGAUGGCAUGAUCGGGGAACAAGACGGGAAGGGCAAGAAAAAAAAAUUAUUCACCUAGUGACCAGACUCUCUUUAAUUAUCCUGCAAGCACGUUCGCCGCACCACGGGUUCCAGCUGGCCUGGCCUUGACCGAAUCUUAAUAAUAGCUGUUGGAAUGGCGGGGACAGCUACCGCAACUUACACGACAGAUGUUUGGACGUCACCCAGCGUAGAUGGGGGUCAGUGGGAGUAUGCUGUCCCGAUUCGACAGGAUAGUACUAAGCAUCGCUCAAAAUCACGGUCCUCCCACGAUUCACACGCCAGAUCUAGGGAGCGUACUUCCAAGGGCUCUCGCAGCUCCUCACUGUCGCGACACGCCUAUGCUCACGAGCACUUGACCUCCCGGGGCCGCCCACAAGCUAGCCACAGCCGACGCGGAAGUGAGGCAGGCAGCUCACGCUCAAUCUACGGACACGAUGUAGCCAGUCGCAGCGCCGGCAAUGUGAAGGACUCGACGGAUAGUCUUUAUCGAAAGGGGUCGGUGAGACAAGACGAGCGGAACGAGGGAAUGGGGCUGUAUAUGGACGAGCUGGACCAGGACAAUUGGAUCCAUCGCGACAAGCUGGCCAAAAUUGAGAGUGAGGAGCUGCAGCAAGCCGCUAUUCUACUACAACGUCGGGCGGGUGAGGGCAACAAAUCGCGCACAAAGAACUAUGACUUGUAUGGAACGCCUGCCACCUCUCCGCCGACCGAGCAACUGGAGCCAUGGCCGAGUUUGCACGGCGAUUCCCAGCUCCGAGAACAUAGCGGCUCUCCGACCUUCCCAGAAGAGGGUGAAGAGCGCGACAGAUGGGAUCCUCGUCGACCGGAAGAGAACACGGCUAAUGGAGCGGCUGGCUUCUAUCGUAACCCCGGAUUGCGCAAGAGCUCGUCGCGGAUACCCAUUCCCUCGGGUAUUCCUGUACCGAUCUCUCCCAAUCCCGAGAACGGCGGACGGGAGUUCUCCAAACAGCGCAGCCGCGCAAAUACUAACGGGGAUGACGAUGCUUUGUCCUUCGGUAUGCCCCGUCGGGCCAGUGAGCCAAUGUCGGUGGACUCUGCCCAGAACAUCACUCCGGCCGGGAGCCGGCCUGGCAGUCGUGGGAACACCCUGCAAAAUGCGGCGGGUAGAAAGACCACCAAGGGCGGUGCUACCAAUCGCAAGACGUCGGCUCCUCCGUCAACUACACGAAAGGCGACCCCGAGAAGCCGGGCACCGUCGAGCACGUUGCGGGCCACUAAAGCCGCAGAAAAUCGUCCCAUUAACCGGCCGGAAGGCGACCCUCCAUGGCUGGCGACGAUGUACAAGCCCGAUCCACGUCUUCCGCCUGACCAGCAGAUUCUUCCCACGCAUGCCCGACGCAUGCAGCAGGAGCAGUGGGAGAAGGAAGGCAAGACGCCUACCACGUAUGAUCGGGAGUUUGCUCCGCUAGCCAUUGGGCCAGACGGGCCGAAGCCCACAGAGAAGCCGGCACCGAAGGAAGAGGAGCCGGAGCCGAUCGAACAGAACGAAAAGGAGGAGAAGAAAGAAGUGCAAGAGCCACAGAAGACCCCGAAUUUGGAGACACCGUCCAAGGAGUCGGGACGGCCGAACUCAGGCACCGGCUACAGCACGAUGCCGCGGGUACAGGAACCACCACAGGCGGCACUGCAGCCGAAAUGGAGCCCGCCAGUGGUGACCGCGCAGGAACCGCCGCCGAAGGAGAAGGGCUGCGGAUGCUGCAUCGUGAUGUAGGGGGAGGACGCAUUCGUUUUGAGUGGCAUAUGUCCGUCAUUUAAGAUACCUAUUUCCUGCAUUGUGGAUUUGUUUUUUCAGCGAGCUGGGUGGUGUUUGAUCUGACUAGGAUUUUAAUAGCUAUCCACCUUCUUACUUCUUGUCAUUCCUUGGAGAGAUUUUUAUUCUCAUUUGAUUCCCUAUUGCUGUUGAUUCCUGCAUUGAGCGGUCAUUACGACAUCACGCGUCUUUCCUUGAACAAGCAUUGUUUUCUUUGUGCAUAUCGUUAUAGACAAAUAGUUCACCACAAUGACUUUAUAUAUCCCACUACAAUCAGUAUACAGCACAUACU